AUGCCCGCUCUCGUCACAGCUGAGGGAUUUCCCAACUACAACAAACUAGAUUUGAUUAUCUUCAAAAAGCAAAUACGGCACGAUUACCUCGCAAAUAAAGACUAUAUUGAAAACUUACAGGAGCAGCGCAAAAUUGAUAUUCCCCGCGAGGGCUCUGACGUCUCAGUCGUCAUUCUGAUGGACUACGGAGAGGUCCCGGUGACAUUUUCUGCGGAACGAGUUGACGUCGCUUGGAGAACCUUUGGGGUGGAGGAAAUGGUAUCCUUCGAUGAAGUUGAUGCUCGGAGUUUAAUAGCGAUUGCGAAAAUUCCGUGGCGCUUCGACAAGCGUCAGCCUUCCAUAGGCUUCCUUCGUGUGCAUGAUAUUUGA